AUGGAGGUUCUUUUUCAGGGGCAAGCACUCCUGCUGUCGAGGUUUCCAAUGGAUAGUAUAGCCAGCUGGAAUAUAAGGGGAUUGAACCACCCUCUAAAACAAAAAGUGGUUCGUCAUGUAAUUAAGGAGAAUAAUUUAAAGGUUUGUGCCAUUUUAGAGUCUCACGUACAAGUUGAUAAGCUGAACAAUGUAUGUAGCAAACUUUAUAAGGGAUGGGAUUGGUUGUCGAAUGGGAACUUGUGUCAUAAAGGCACGAGAAUCAUCGUUGGUUGGAACCCGAGGGAUGUGGAUGUUAUGCUCUUAUCUUCUACGGAUCAAGUAAUGCAUCUCCAAAUAGUGUUUAAAGGUCAGAAGAAGGCUAUGUUUUGUUCGAUGGUCUAUGCUAGCAAUGACUACAAAGAGAGAAAGGAGCUAUGGAAGUCGUUGAAUAGGCACAUGUGUUUUGUUAAUGAUAAACCUUGGGCUAUUUUGGGUGAUUUUAACGCAGUUCUUGAACUUGGUGAUACUCACAUGGGUGCUUCAGGAAUCUCGGUUAGUAUGAUGGACUUUAAAGAGUGUGUUUUGAAUAUUGAGGUCUUUGAUGUUAAGAGUUUGGGAAAGGAAGUGGCUAAUGUUCUUGUGGAGCACUUUAAAGCGUUUCUAGGAAUCAAGGGUAAUGUGACCAACCAUCCAAAUAGUGAAUGUUUUCCUAGACGUCUUAGUGUCGAAAAGAUAAUUGGUGAGGAGGUGAGUUUCGCUAUCAAGGAUUUCUUUAGAAGUGGCCGGCUCUUACAAGAAAUCAAUCAUACAUUUCUGGCGUUGAUUCCAAAAGUGAACACCCCUACGUAUGUUACUAAUUACCGCCCUAUCUCAUGUUGUAAUGUUAUUUAUAAAGCUAUUAGUAAGAUUCUUACUAAUAGACUUCUUGAGGGGAUCAAUGAUGUUGUGAGCAUCAAUCAAUCAGCUUUUGUUCCUGGUCGUAGAAUAUCAGACAACAUCCUGCUAACACAGGAAUUGCUUCAUAAUUAUCACAGAAAUACGGGCCCGCCAAGGUGUGCUUUCAAAGUCGACAUACAGAAAGCAUAUGAUACUGUGGACCGGGAUUUCCUACGGGCAACGCUAUUAGGGUUUGGUUUUCAUGCAACAAUGGUAAAUUGGGUUAUGAGUUGCGUCACUUCAACCUCGUACUCGAUCAGCAUAAAUGGAGAGAUUCAUGGAUAUUUUAAAGGUCAAAGGGGUUUGAGACAAGGAGACCCCAUCUCUCCGUACUUGUUCACGCUAGUCAUGGAGGUCCUCACUUCCAUUCUGCAGCACGCUGCCAAUAUUCAUGCGGGAUUUCGGUUUCAUAAUAAUUGCAAGAAACAAAAAAUCAUUAACUUUUGUUUUGCAGAUGACUUGUUUCUGUUUGCUAGAGGUGACACUGAGUCAGUGAAAGUCAUUAUGGAAUCUCUGAAUAUGUUUAGAGAUAUGCCCGGGUUCGUUCCAAGCUUGAGUAAAACUACUUCUUUCUUCUGUAAUGUUCCGACUCGAGUCAAGAACCAGAUUGUGGCCAUUGUACCGUUUUCUGAAGGAUCGCUACCAAUUAAGUGUCUGGGAGUCCCGCUUAUUGCCUCUAGACUUCUUAAAAGUGAUUGCAAGGUUUUGGUGGAAAAAAUUUCUAAGAGACUUUUGGAUUGGAAGACGAAGUUCCUCUCAUUCGCGGGGAGAUUACAACUGGUUAACUCUGUCUUAGCUGCUAUGUACUCUUAUUGGGCUGCCGUUUUUAGUCUCCCGGCUAGUAUCAUCAAGAAUAUCGAGAGGAUUAUGAAGGAUUUUCUAUGGCACCAAGGGUCUUUGGGUUCGAACAAAGCGAAAGUAGCGUGGAAAGAUGUUUGCCUUCCUAAGUCCGAAGGAGGGUUGGAUAUUAGAAAGGUUUUGGAUGUGAACAAGGCUUUAAUGACCUUUCAUAUUCAUAGCAUUGUCUCGGGUCGGAAAUCUCUUUGGGUCGAGUGGAUCUAUGCUCAUCGGCUAAGAGGUAGGAGUUUUUGGGAUGUUAAGGUGCCGCAAAACUCUUCAUGGGGUUGGAGGAAAAUAUUGUCCUUCAGGAGUUCCGUGCGCAAAUUCUUUUGGAAGCAAAUAGGGAAUGGAGAAUCUACGUCGUUAUGGCAUGACACUUGGUGCCUGCAUUGUCCGCUCAGUCGCUAUAUUUCUCCUAGAAACAUGUCCCAACAAGGUUUUUCAAUCGACUCUAAAGUAGCUGAUGUUGUUGGCAAUGGCAUUUGGAGUUGGCCGGACGCUUGGAGGGAUCUCUUUCCGGUUCUAUUCCAAAUGAAUCCUAUUAAUAUCAGUCCGAACAGACAAGAUAUUACUCUUUGGCGAACCAAUGCUGGUAAACUGAUGCCGUUCUUUUCCAAGCUGGUAUGGGAGACUACUCGAUCACGUGGUAACGAAGUAGAAUGGGCUAAGCGAGAGAUGGAUUCACAUGAGCAUUUGUUUUUUGAAUGCUCGUAUUCCUCCACAGUUUUGGACGCUAUCAAGGAGAAGUCUAGUAUGAAGACGGUUCCUAAUAAAUGGGAAGACAUCAUGAGGUGGUUGCUACCGAAAGCAAGUUCCAGAUCUUUGAACUCGGUUAUUGCUAAACUUUCUAUUAAGGCGGCUGCUUAUUUUGUUUGGCAAGAAAGGAAUUAUAGAUUUUUUAAUAAUCAACUGAGACCGCCGAAAAUGUUAACGGACAUCAUCAUCGAUACAGUGAAGUUGAAAUUAUUAUCAUUCAAGUAUAAAGAUAAGCCGCAUGUGAGGAAGAUCUUGGAUGAUUGGAAGCUGAGUUCAGUGGAUACCUUCAAAGCGACCUGA